GAAAAGAAGAUCAUGUUUGUUUGCUCUAGAAAUCCUUAUAUGGAUUGAAGCAGUCGCCUCGGCAAUGGUACAAACGAUUUGACAACUUCAUGGUUAAGAGUAGAUUCACUCGGAGCAACUAUGAUAGUUGUGUCUAUCAUAAAAAGCUUGGAGAUGGUUCUUGGGUUUACUUGCUGUUGUACGUUGAUGACAUGCUUAUUGCUGCCAAAAGCAUGUUAAUCAUUGAUGGUUUGAAGAAGCAGCUUAGUGGUGAGUUUGAGAUGAAAGACUUGGGUGCAGCCAAGAAGAUCUUAGGAAUGGAGAUUCACAGGGACCGCAAGGGAGGUAAAUUGUUUCUCUCUCAAAAGAAGUACAUUGAAAAAGUACUUGAGCGGUUUGGCUUACAUGAAGCUAAGGCUGUGACUACUCCUUUGGGAGCACAUUUUAAGCUUUCAUCAAAUUUGUCACCAGAAACGGAGGAGGAGAAGAAGUUUAUGGCGCGUGUUCCUUAUGCGAGUGCUGUUGGGAGCUUAAUGACACUGGGAAGCUGUGAAGUGGAUCCUCCGGUAUUACGAGGCACGGUAGAUGUUGGACUAGUCUAUGAUCAGAGUGCUAAUCCAAGUGGAAAUGUAGUCGGAUUUGUCGACUCUAAUUUUGCCGGUGAUUUGGACAAAAGGAGAUCAACUACAGGAUAUGUCUUUACUCUCUCAGGGUGUGCCAUUAGUUGGAAAGCUACAUUGCAAUCAACAGUCGCCUUGUCAACAACUGAGGCAGAGUACAUGGCAAUUACUGAGGCAAUAAAGGAAGCAUUAUGGCUAAAGGGUUUGGUCAGUGAUCUCGGGGUAGAACAAAAUGAGAUGAUGGUGUUUUGUGAUAGUCAAAGUGCCAUUCACUUGACGAAGAACACCAUGUACCACGAGAGAACCAAACAUAUUCAAGUUCGGUAUCACUUUGUCCGGGAGGUUAUAUCAAAUGGAGAUGUGCUCGUUGAAAAGAUAUCAACUGACGAGAAUCCUGCGGAUAUGAUGACAAAGCCGAUGGGUGAGUUAAUGUUGCCUGAAGUUUCUUUGAACAGGUAUGUUGAUGAAAAGGGCAGAAUUGUAUCAGGAGUUUAUGAAGUGCCUAUCCCAGCACAGCGGGGUUCUUUCAUCCCAUUUACAUCAUGGAUGGGAUUAGGUAGAUUAAUCAAGCAAUUAUAUGGCCAACCCUUGCAUUACCUCCACAACAUUCUCCUAACACAGUGGGACCAACUGAGAUUUGGAAGUGAGGAUAAAGACAGGCCUCUGGAUAUCAUCAUUCAUCCUUGUAAGCUGAAGCCACUCUCUGGCUCAUUGAAGAAACCCAUCGGCACACCACAUCUUCCCAUCACAUAGCUAAACUCUGGCUGUUAUAUCCAAUGCAUGAUGCUUUUGUUGAUCCCAUCUUCCCUGCGUUGUGAUGUUUCAUGUGUUCACUUCUAACGCUAUUUGCUGAUUCUGUGUAAUGUUUCUUACAACUCAAUAGAACCUUGACGCUGCU